GUCUCCCGCCCACCUCAGCCUUCGGGCUAGGGUGAGUGAGGGCUCUUGGGUUAGUUCCUGUUAGGCCCCGGCCGGGGGAGUAGGUUGAAGUCUCCUAAGAUGCCCGGUGGGCUGGGGCACCGGGAGCUGUGAAGGGAACGUGAGGAGGCGGCGUAGUGGAGACCCACGGCAGGCCUGAAGAAGAGCGGCGGCCGAGCCCGCCUUCCCUGCACCAUGCUCAUAGAGGAUGUGGAUGCCCUCAAGUCCUGGCUGGCCAAGUUACUGGAGCCGAUAUGUGAUGCUGAUCCUUCAGCCUUAGCCAACUAUGUUGUAGCACUGGUCAAGAAGGACAAACCUGAGAAAGAAUUAAAAGCCUUUUGUGCUGAUCAACUUGAUGUCUUUUUACAAAAAGAAACUUCAGGUUUUGUGGACAAACUAUUCGAAAGUCUCUAUACUAAGAACUACCUUCCACUUUUGGAACCAGUAAAGCCUGAGCCAAAACCACUAGUCCAAGAAAAAGAAGAAAUUAAAGAAGAGGUAUUUCAGGAGCCAGCAGAGGAAGAACGAGAUGGCAGAAAAAAGAAAUAUCCUAGUCCCCAGAAGACUCGUUCAGAAUCUAGUGAACGAAGGACACGUGAGAAAAAAAGAGAAGACGGGAAGUGGAGAGACUAUGACCGGUACUAUGAGCGGAAUGAAUUGUACCGUGAGAAGUAUGACUGGAGAAGAGGCAGGAGUAAGAGUCGGAGUAAGAGUCGAGGCCUGAGUCGUAGUAGAAGCCGAAGUAGGGGGCGCAGCAAAGACCGGGAUCCAAAUAGGAAUGUUGCAGAGCACAGGGAAAGAUCGAAGUUUAAGAGUGAAAGGAAUGACCUAGAGAGUUCCUAUGUGCCUGUGUCUGCACCACCUCCAAACUCUUCUGAGCAGUAUUCCUCUGGGGCACAGUCUAUUCCCAGCACUGUUACUGUGAUCGCACCUGCUCACCACUCUGAAAACACAACUGAGAGUUGGUCUAAUUACUAUAACAAUCAUAGCUCUUCCAAUUCUUUUGGUCGAAACCUACCACCAAAGAGGCGAUGCAGAGAUUAUGAUGAAAGAGGAUUUUGUGUACUUGGUGACCUUUGUCAGUUUGAUCAUGGAAAUGAUCCCCUAGUUGUUGAUGAAGUUGCUCUGCCAAGUAUGAUUCCUUUCCCACCCCCUCCUCCUGGGCUUCCUCCUCCACCACCUCCUGGAAUGUUAAUGCCUCCAAUGCCAGGUCCAGGCCCGGGCCCGGGCCCAGGUCCAGGCCCGGGCCCGGGCCCAGGUCCAGGUCCUGGCCAUAGUAUGAGACUUCCUGUUCCCCAAGGACAUGGUCAGCCUCCACCAUCCGUUGUGCUUCCCAUACCAAGACCACCUAUAACACAAUCAAGCUUGAUAAAUAGUCGUGACCAGCCUGGGACAAGUGCAGUGCCCAAUCUUGCAUCAGUGGGAACAAGACUACCUCCUCCUUUACCCCAGAACCUCCUUUACACAGUAUCAGAACGACAGCCCAUGUACUCUCGUGAACAUGGUGCUGCUGCAUCUGAGCGACUUCAGUUGGGGACACCGCCUCCUCUGUUGGCAGCUCGUUUGGUGCCACCUCGAAACCUCAUGGGAUCCUCCAUUGGGUACCAUACCUCAGUCUCCAGCCCUACCCCUCUGGUUCCAGAUACAUAUGAACCAGAUGGUUACAACCCAGAAGCUCCUAGUAUUACUAGUUCUGGUAGAUCUCAGUACAGACAGUUCUUUUCAAGAACACAGACACAGCGCCCCAAUCUGAUUGGCCUAACAUCUGGAGAUAUGGAUGCAAAUCCAAGAGCUGCUAACAUUGUGAUCCAGACUGAACCACCAGUUCCUGUUUCGAUUAAUAGCAACAUAACCAGAGUAGUUCUUGAACCAGAUAGUCGAAAAAGAGCUAUGAGUGGUUUGGAAGGGCCACUCACAAAGAAACCUUGGCUGGGAAAGCAAGGAAAUAACAAUCAAAAUAAACCAGGGUUCUUACGAAAGAAUCAGUAUACAAACACCAAAUUAGAAGUCAAGAAAAUCCCUCAGGAAUUGAACAACAUUACCAAGCUCAAUGAACACUUCAGCAAAUUUGGAACUAUUGUUAAUAUCCAGGUUGCUUUUAAGGGUGACCCAGAAGCAGCCCUAAUCCAAUAUCUUACCAAUGAGGAGGCCAGGAAAGCCAUUUCUAGCACAGAAGCAGUUCUAAACAACCGAUUCAUUCGAGUCUUGUGGCAUAGGGAAAAUAAUGAGCAACCGACACUACAGUCCUCAGCACAGCUGCUCCUGCAACAACAGCAAACGCUUAGUCACCUCUCACAGCAGCACCAUCACCUGCCACAGCAUCUUCAUCAGCAGCAGGUGCUAGUGGCCCAGUCUGCUCCUUCAACAGUGCACGGAGGUAUCCAGAAGAUGAUGAACAAACCACAGACAUCAGGUGCAUAUGUUCUUAACAAAGUUCCUGUUAAACAUCGUCUUGGACAUGCAGGUGGUAACCAGAGUGAUGCAUCACAUUUGUUGAAUCAGUCUGGUGGUGCUGGAGAAGAUUGCCAGAUAUUUUCAACUCCAGGCCAUCCAAAAAUGAUUUACAGCUCCUCAAACUUAAAGACACCUUCAAAACUCUGUUCAGGGUCUAAAUCUCAUGAUGUUCAAGAAGUGCUUAAAAAAAAACAGGAAGCAAUGAAGUUACAACAAGAUAUGAGGAAAAAAAGACAGGAAGUGUUAGAAAAACAAAUAGAAUGCCAAAAGAUGUUAAUAUCCAAGUUAGAAAAAAACAAAAACAUGAAACCAGAAGAAAGAGCAAAUAUAAUGAAGACUUUGAAAGAGCUUGGAGAGAAGAUCUCACAAUUAAAAGAUGAAUUAAAAACAUCUUCUGCAGUCUCCACACCAUCUAAAGUGAAGACAAAAACGGAGGCCCAGAAGGAGUUACUAGAUACUGAACUGGACCUCCACAAGAGGCUGUCCUCAGGAGAAGACACCACAGAAUUACGGAAAAAACUCAGUCAGUUACAGGUUGAGGCUGCACGAUUAGGUAUUUUACCUGUGGGUCGAGGAAAGACCAUGUCCUCUCAAGGUCGAGGAAGAGGCCGAGGGCGUGGAGGAAGAGGAAGGGGCUCACUAAAUCACAUGGUGGUGGACCAUCGUCCCAAAGCACUAACAGUUGGAGGAUUCAUUGAGGAAGAAAAAGAAGACUUGCUUCAGCAUUUCUCAGCCGCAAACCAAGGGCCAAAAUUUAAAGACCGUCGGCUACAGAUAUCAUGGCAUAAGCCCAAGGUACCAUCUAUAUCCACUGAGACUGAAGAAGAAGAAGUCAAGGAGGAGGAAACAGAAACCUCAGAUUUGUUUUUGCCUGAUGAUGACGAUGAAGAUGAAGAUGAAUAUGAGUCUCGCUCAUGGCGAAGAUGAAAUCUGAUGCUAGCUGUAUAAUUUUUAGGAAUAUUGUUUAGAAGAACAACUUUUAAAAAUUAUUUAAAAGAAGUCAAUGAGCCAAAAAAAAUUUUUUUAUUUUUCUUUUCAACACAGUAGGUUCAAGAACAGCAAGUUUGCUAUUUAAACACAUCUCAUAACUGUACAUGAUAUUAAAGCACCAAAGGCCUAGUGACUUUUACACAGUUGUGAAGAUCCACAGCAAUGACAUGGAUAAUCUCUAGAGCCUUAUUUUCCACACCACCUUUUUUUUGUUGCUGUUGGUGUUGGAUUAUGAUGUAAAUGACAGGGUGUUCAGAAAUUUUAUUUUGGAUUAUAAUCUACUGAUAAAGUUUAAUUAAAUGUCAAAAUCACCUGUAAUCUUUUAACUCUCAGUUAUUAUGGAUGGGUCAUCAGACAGUAGGAAAUAUUUGUAAUUAAAAUACCCUUUUGCUUUCAAGAGUGGUCUUGGAAGAAAAAUAUGUUUAUUUUAAUUUUAAUUUUUUUUUUUUUUUACUUUGGAGAGCCCAAUUUGUACUGAGUCUAAAUUUGUUUUUCAUGGUUUUUAUGUGUGGUAGUACUAGUUCAGUGAAAAUCACGACAAACUGUGUGUUUUUAAAUGCUACAGCAAUGGUAGCUAGCUCUAUAGUAUUUCCACUCUCUUGUCAUAUGAACUCCUGGACUUUUCCUGCUACUGAUUCUUAGUUUGCUUUGAUAUUUAGUGAGCGCUGGUUCGGCUGGUCUUUUUAAAAAUUUUUAUAACUCAGAAUGUAAAAGGCUUUCACCUAUUGCCCCUUUCUCAUCCCCCUUUUCUUCCUCUUGCCUUUCUAUUAAUAGGCCUGACUUAGUCAUCAUUGAUAUAAGUGGUUCAUUUGGGCAACCGCAGGCAGUCUCCAAUAAAAGGUUCAAACCAGCACCUGGAUAAAUAAGUGAUGUUUUGAUGAGAAUGAUGGAAGGAUUUUGGGGAGAAGAGAAUCACCAGCUUUUUUUUUCCCCCCUCUUUUGAAGCUUCAGUUCAGUAUAGUUACACAGAAGGGUUUAAAAAUGUCUGAAAUUCUUUUCCUAAAUUUAAACCAUGAUGGUGAGGUGACUGGGGGGUGGGGGUGGGGGUGGGAGGGGGUUGAGGGCUGAGUAUGCUAGUAAUAAAUGGGAGUCAUAUAUGACUUUGUUCAGAUGACCUUAUUUUUUCAUAAUUUUGUAGCUUGUUGCUAUUCAUGAACAUACGCAUCCCUCAGUAGACAGUUUCCUUUACUGUGUGCAUUUUUACUGUACACUGUAUAGAGUAGAGUAUCUGUUAAGUAAAAUAUAUAUGUAAAUUUAUGUCCUCGUGUUCUGAAUGUUAGAUGGAAAAGCAGAGGAGCAACACUACACUGUACUGACCCCUGGGAAAAUAAAAUGAUUAAUGUACAUAGGCUGUCACUUUUUCAAGGAUAUACACAUCUGUGUUUUUAUAUGUGUGUGGUAUGAAAAUUUGAAACCUCCUGUUGGCUCCAAAAGGUUCUUGGUGACCACUAUAUCAAGGAUUUUGUUUGCUGAGGUAAAGACUAUUUCUCAAAAUAGAAACUAUUCACUAAGAACUUAAAACCAUCAGGAUUCUAGAUUUACUUAGCUAUAAGAAGUUAAAUCCCAUGUUCUGAUAAUCUUUAUUCUUCUACAUGUUUUCCUGGAAUGAUGUGUCAAACCAGGGUCAUUUUUAAGUUCAUAUAAUUUUCUUUCAUAAUAAUGAGGACUUCCUCUUUCUAGGUUAUUGUUAUAUUUCUAGUAACACUGAAGGUAAAAUAAGCUUAUAAAAGAAGGAAAACAUUAGAAUGGUGUAUCUAGAAUACACAAUCUUGCUCCUUACUCCUCCAUCAUCUCCAAUGAAAUUUUUCUUGAUGUCUGUGGCUCAGUCAGUAUAUAUUUUGAAAGAUUCAUUGUGGUGAAUAUUUUGAGUCCUGACAGUUUAAACGUGAUAGAGGGAACAAAGGAUUUAUAUAUUUUUUGUACAAAGUUUUUUCUUAAACUGUAUAAUUUUGUAAAUAAUUUGUUUGGGUUUUUUUUUUGUGUACUAAAACUACCAGCGUAUAGAUUUCAAUAAGAAUUGUUGUAUUUUUGUAUUUGGAAACUGAAAAUUACAGUAAAUAAAUGGAACUCUAAGAAAAAUUUCAGUAGACAGUUCAACAGAAUGAGAUUCCUUUUCAUAUGAUUUUUUUGACCUCAAAAUGGACAUCUUAUUUCACUCUCAGUAAAAAGUUGAAAAUUUGACUUUUUAGUAUUGGGGGCAGAAGAUAGAAGUGUGUUAAAGUGAAAAACAGUUUUUUCAGUAAGGUUUGAGGCCCUUUCUAUAAAAGUUUUCAGUACACCUUAAACAGGACUAAAAAUACUUUAAAAGUGUGCUUUCAAAGAAUUUUAAAACAUGUUUGACUCAAAAGAUGAAUUUAAAGUGAGUUGAUUAUAAUAUUGGAAAACUUAAGGUUAGCAUAAAAUAGUUUAUAUAUAUCCCCCGCCCCCUUUGGGAUUUACUUCCACCAUCAAAUCUUCAACUGUUAGAAUUUCACUUAAAAGUGAAUAACUGCCAUACAUGUUUUCUUGGCGUCUUCAUUUACAGAAAUAACAUACAGCAUCUAAAGCAAAUUCUGUCCCUCUUAAUGUGUAUGACAUCUUUUUAAGUAGCUGAUCAGCAAUAAUAGCCACCAGUUGACUAGGUCAGCCUGAUAUACUAGUGGAUUACUGUCCAAGAUAAAAAGGUAACCCCAAGUAUUGCAAAAUUUCCCUCAAUUUCUUUAUGUAACAUUGAAGAAAUGUUGUUACCAGCUAAGAUGAUAAAUUGGAAAACAGUCUUGUUAAGGUGAAAGGGGUCCUUGGUGAUGGAUCAUUAUUUCAAAAAAGAAAAAAAUCAUGUGAAAAGGAAUAGUGGUUCCUCUUGAUGUAUAGUAUGCCUGUAUUAUAGUUUUUACAAAAUUGUGAACUUGUGUAAUAGUAUAAUAGGAGAUAUUGUUGAAUUUCUAACUGUUUAUACAUUUAAAUUCAUAUAUGUAAUGUUUGUUUUAUCAAUUACAAUCUGAAUUUCUAAGAAGCAUGUUGACUUUUGCAAUAAAGAUGCAAUAUGGAAUGGUUCACAAUUGGAAAAAAAAGAAAAAAAGAUGAAAGUAUUACAAAUUUAAAAGAAUUUGGAAAACUUAUGAACCAUUCCAAAAAUUAUAACAAUCACCAAAAGAGCUGUAAUUCUGGCUUGUUCUGGAAAGAAAGAAAAUGUGUGUGUAUGCUUGCUUGUGAGAGUGAGUGAGUAGUGGCUAUGUAUGUGUGUUUUUUAUGUUGUGUUCAUAAACAUGAGAAUGUCACUCAAUAUGAAGUUGGGUUCGAAGUCACUGGCUAUUAAAUAUUAAGUAGGAUAACUUUCUCAACAGAGUAGCCUGGAGAAUGAAAGAGAAGGUAUUAAAAUGAUACUUGUAAGUAACCUUUGAUAGCCACAUUGUUUUGUUCCUGGAUGGUUCUUGGUAUCCCAGAUAAGAAGCACAAAACAGUUUCAUGAAAGCAAUUAUUUUAAUGUUGUCUUGAGGAUAUUCAAUAUGCCUGCCAACAGUAGGAGGGAUAUUUUCCUUAAGUAGAAUAGGGAGAAGGGAAAAAACACCUAGAAGAGAUGAUUUAAAGAUAAAUCAGUUCUGAAUGUGACAAAGAUUUGUAAGGACAAACAGGAGAAGGUAGUGAUGUUAUGCACUAAGGACUGGGUGGUGAUGAGGAAGAGAAGUGUAUCACCUGGUUUUCCCAUUUUAAAAAAUGCUAUUAUAAAAUUCCCCCUCCAAUGAUUAUGCAUUGUUUAAGAAGGAGCAUUCUUUAAAUUUCAGCUUAUACAAGAAAAUACUCAAAGAAUGAGAGUAAAGUUAUUUUCAUUCUUUUCAAAUAAAAUUUAUUUUAUAUAUUAUGUAAAUAGCAAAUAAGCUCUUUGUCACCAUUUGCUUUGAGUAGAUCUUAAUCCUAAAUAUAUUUACAAUAAACAUUAGUUCUGGGACUUUUUUUGGAGGGAGCAGACAUAAUUCUGAACAUAGUUACAUCUAUCGAACAAAUCAAAUGUUUUACUAAGAUGGAGCUCUCAUUAACAGAAAUUAAUGAUUUUAUGUGAUAUUUUUACUGAUUUUGAAGUAAGUUGUGCUAAAGUCAAGGAUAAAUUUUGAAUAAGCCCCGGCAUACAGUCAAAUCUGGAUCUAGAUAUGUUACCGUAAACACAGAUAGAAUUGUGUUUAUCAACAUGUGGGGAUAUUGGAUGAUGGGGUUGCUUUAGACUAAAUGGACCAACAUUACCUUGCUGUGCAGAGCUGCUCAUUUUAUGUUCAUUUUUAGUCUCAAAGACCUAACUUGAGAGACCAACCAAAAUUGACCCAGAAAAGAAAAAAAAAAGGCAAUCUACUGCUACUGCUUGUAUAAUGAAUCACCUUCAUUUAUGCUAAAUUGGUUUUAUUGCCAACAUCUCUCCUUUCAACAGGAUCAUCUACCAUUUGGCCUCUUCCCUGUUCUGCAGUUGACCUUAGGUUAACUAAACCAUUCCAACAUUCUAAGAUAGGCAAUUUGAUAUGGGGUGAAAUCAAGGUCAGAAUAGUGUUGGAUGAUUAUGAGUUAUUUGUGUUUCCAUCUACUCUUAGGCUUCUGCAAGCAUUUCUUUUUGCGGUGGUGGUGGUGGUGGUAGUGUUCCUUAACAUAAGCAUGAUUAACAUUGCCGUUACUUUUUCUUUGCAUUUAUAUUAAAUUAUCUUUUGUGAAAGAGCAGCAAGGAAAGAAGACUCCUUAGCUUCUUUUAGAUAAAGAUAAGCCUGAAUUUCUGACCUCACUUCCACUUCAGUUUUCUAACCGCUUCAUAGAGGCUUUUUUUUUUUUUUUUUUGAGAUGGAGUCUUGUUAUGUUGCCCAGGUUGGAGUGUAGUGGCAUGAUCUUGGCUAAUUUUUGUAUUUUUAGUAGAGACAGGGUUUCACUGUGUUCGCCAGGCUAGUGUUGAACUCCUGAUCUUAAGUGAUCCUCUAACCUUGGCCUCCCAAAGUUCUGGGAUUACAGGCUUGAGCCACCACCCCCAGCCGACUUCAUAGAGUUUUACUAGUUUGAAUACAGUAACCUACUAGUUCUUAAAAUAAUAUGUAGAGUUGGAGUUCAGGUUUAGCACUUGAUUGUUCAGAAUUGUAAUUUACUCAAUUCUUUGAAGGCAAAUAUAGGGGCGGAAACAAGCCUUUUCAGCACUUAGCCAUUUCUGUUGAUUAAAUUCUUAACAUGCCUUUGUAAAAACCUUAUAAAGAUGAAUGUCUUAUUAAUAGUUUUCUAAAGUCCUUGUGAUUUAACUUCUUAGUUUGCCUCCAGACUUCUAUUACUGUGAGAUAUUGACAUAUUUCUUAUAAUUUUAAAUUUAAUUAGGGCUAAUACAGACCUUGCCAAAUUAAUUUUUUCUUGAGGAUAAUUUUGCUUCAAGAUUGAGACUACUUACAUAGUCAGUUUGAGUUCUUAGGCCAAACGCUGCCUAUUUAUCUAUGUAAACAUGUAUUCCUGCAUAAAUUAUUGAAUGGUAGUUUCUGAACCACCCUCCAACAGUAGGGCUAUUUAUUUACUUAAGGAUUUACGUUAUUAACAUGUAGAGCCUGUAGGGGGCUCCAGAAGGCAAAAUUUAGUCUUGGAGCAGGGACUGAAUCUUUUUUCACAGCAAUUCAAAAUGAGACACAUUUUGCAUUGCAACCCAGUAUACACACACGAGACGAAAGUUUACAAAACAAUACCUACCCAAUAUGCACCUGAUAUUUUCAUCCUAUUAGAUAAAAAUUCUUGUCGGGACCCACUAUUUGGCUUUCAAAAUUACAGUUUGGAAAAACAGCCUAUUGAGUUGCCUGAUGGAGUGCAUUUUAAAGUCACUGUCUUCCUUGCCGUGACAUUGUAGAAACUAUUUUGAAUAUAAAAUGUUAUUACUUUAUCUUCUGUUUUUCCUUUUUUUUUUUUUUUUUUUACUUGAUGUUUUUUCUUGAAGGGUAUUUUGUAGUUUUUAAUUUUAAAAGCAGACAACUUCUCUGACUUUUUUAACUUGCCUACAGUUUUAUAUUUUUGUCAUUACUUGUCUUGGGAAGGGAGUGGAAUAUUGAUAUAUUGGUGCUACAUUUUAUGCAAUUCAAAUCACUUUGCAGUACUUAUUUGUAUAUUUUUUAAAAAGCUGUGAAGUCCAUAAAACUACAGCCUUUUUUUUUUUUUUUUUUUUUUUUUGAGACGGAGUCUCGCUCUGUGGCUCAGGCUGGAGUCAGUGGCACAAUCUGGGCUCACUGCAACCUCUGCCUCUCAGGUUUAAGCAAUUCUCCUGCCUCAGCCUCCCGAGUAGCUGGGACUACAGGCACGUGCUACCACGCCCGACUAAUUUUUGUAUUUUUGUAGAGAUGGGGUUUCACCAUAUUGGCUAGGCUGGUCUCCAACUCCUGACCUUGUGAUCCACCCGCCUCGGCCUCCCAAAGUGCUGGCAUUACAGGCAUGAGCUACCGUGCCUGGCCUACAACUACAACUCUUUAAGGGCUAUAAAUCAAUAAAAGAUUAUUUGGCUUUGAAUUAAAUUUUGCACUUAAUUUAGAGUUCACCUUAGCCAUCAACAAUUUAAAACGAACCAAUUUUGAUAUCUAAAAAUAUACUAACAUUGUGCCAUUGAAUUUCACCUUUUUCAAACAUAUCCCUAUAAGUUUAUAAGAAAUGUAAGAAAUAGAUAAGCCCUAUAUAAAACAUAACUAACUGCCUUUGCCACUUUUCUUACUCUUGGGCAAGUGUGUCACUUGUCUCCUUAUAUGUCUGACCUUUCCCAGUUUCUAAAGUGCAAAGAGAAAGGUUGGGGACAUGUCCAUAAGAAUAUUCCCAUAUCUUCAGAAAUGCAAAGGAGAAAACCAUUAAGUCUGCAAAGUAGUGAAAUCAGAACUCAUCAUGGAGUUAUAAGUUACUAACACAUUUCAUUGUUUCUACCCUCUUGUCUAUGUACUUUUCUUUUGGAAUUCCUUAAGCAAUAAAACCUGACUUUCUUAUAAUACCAUGGUACCAAACAAAUACUUUGAAUUAACCUGAUUGAUAAUUUUCAACUCACUUUGAGGAAAUAACUCAUGGACUGAAUGCAGACUGUGACCCAAUUAGUGGAGUGAGUAGUUUGCCUACAUUCUGUGCUUACCACAGCCUUUGAGGAAGGUGUUCUUACCACCUUAUUCAGCUUUGAAAACAGUUUCAGAGAGAUAAAGUUGCAUUCUUGAGGUCACACAACCUUGUAGUGGUGGAGUCAGCAUUUGAACACAGGUCUGACUCCGGAGCUCAAGUUCUUAACCUCUGUGCUCCACUGCUUCUAAUAAAAUGGAAUAUUGCAAGUCUGUAGAAUGUCACUGGUCUUUUUUAUUAGUGUCUGUCAAACACUGCCAUGCUGGCUCCAUCUAUCUCAUCUGCCUUAGAUUGGAAGCAGACUCCCUUGGGGAGUAACACUGUUUUUAGGUAGCAUAUUGGAAACCACAGAGAACAGUUUAUUUAUGUUAAUUUGUGGGGGAACAUUUUAAAGUAGUAAUUUUGUAUGACCUCCACAAUGUACAGCCAGCCAAUUUGAUAACAUUUCACAGUAAUUUGGCUGUAUCAUAACCUGUGUUAUUUUGUUUUCAAUUUUAUCUUAAAUGUUUUUUUCCCUGUGACAAACUGAAUUAUGAUAAUCUUGCAGUAUUUCUACCUUGCUUCUUUGUGUUUUUCAAUAUUUCUCGUGCCUUUUUCCUUUUAACCUUGGCAUUAAAAAAAUCACAUUGUACAUAAAUAAGUUUACAUGCUUUAAUUUAAUGACGUUUUCAUAUAGAACGCUGAAUUUUCUAGACAAAAAGUGCUGAGAAUAGCAGUGUUCAUUUAUAGUUAUGUUUAUGCCAUAUUUUUAAAAAGCAUAUUCUCAGUGAAUAAAACUGAUGUUCAUGUCAUUGUUCUGUUUGGGGAGUUGAUUUUUUUUACAUGUUCAGAUUUCUUAGAUCAUUCCAAAUCUUUGUGGAUUUCUAAUUUUUGCAAUUUGGAGAACUUCAAAAUGUUUAUUGACUUGUAGUUGUUACGGUAAUAGUUAUCUGAAAAAAGAAAAAGAUGUAAGCGGCCUUGAAGAAGAGGGGACUUUUUAUUCUUUGACAGCCCAUGAGAAAACUGGGCAUGUUCUAAGAGGUUCAAUGAAAAAGUUUUUUAUUCUUGACAAGUUUUGUAGCAUUAGGGAAUAUUUCCAAUAUGAAAAUUGUAUCAGGGAAAUUGCUGAGACAAAAAAGAAUGAUUAUAACAUCCUGGCCACACAGCACAUGUUUUAAGAAAGGUAUUUCACCCUAAAAAUAAAAUCGGAUUAUGUCGUGUGUUUUUUUUCCUCUGUGAAGAUUCCAGAAGUAUGUCGUGUGUUUUUUAAAAAUUUUACUGUGAUUGAAUGCUAAAAAAAAAAAUGCAUGUUAUUAAAGAGUUUUUCAGCAUAUCUUGCUUUGAAAUGUUAAAUAUAGAGAAGGAAGAACUUUAUAUGUAGAAACUUAAUUUCUUAGAAUUAUAACUUUAUUUUUUGAAAAUUUUCUACCAAUAACUUUAAAGCACUUUUCUCCCUGAUUUAUUUAAAUCCUAAUAAAUUAUACGUUUCUGCACUUUA